AUGUCGGAAGAAAGACGAGAGCAUGAUCUCACCGACACUAAACCUUCUCCACCGGCACCAAAACGCGGUCUCAUCAGCCGCAAGAGACAGCUCGUGUUUCUCUCCUUCAUGAUUUUACUAACCGCUAAAGGACUCGUCGGUCUCGGAGAGAUAGCGUUUGUAGUACUGUGUUAUAUCUACUUGUACGAGUUCCUCUCCAGAUAUGCCUUCCCUCGCAAGCAAACCGAGCAGAAGAAGAGACUCUCAAACCCUAAAAACAAACUCUUUCAAGCUUACUUCCUUGCCACUGCCGUUAUCGGCCUACUCUUACCGAUUUGCUACAUCGGAGACGGAAUAUACCGUGGAGACAUACACGGCGCUGGAGCAGCAGCUCCACAUCUAUUCCUCCUCUCCGGUCAAGCCUUCACUGAACCAAUCGGUUUCUCCGACAGGUUUUCGACGCCGAUUGGUGUUCUUGGACCGGUCUUCUACAACGCUCGUCGGAUUUUCGCGCUUUUGGACUGGGUUAAAGCUGAAUUCUCAGACACUCAGCGUCCCGGUGGUCCGGUGAGAUUGUACGGAGGAAGAGCGAUUGCAUCGGUUAACACCGUGAUGUGGUUUUAUAAUCUGUUCGGUCUCUUGUUGCCUGUGUUUCUUCCUCGGUCUUGUCAGAUUUACUUCUCCGGCGAUAACAAAGGAGACUGA